AUGAUGAUGCAAUCGGAGUUUCCUCCAGUUUCAUGGCCAUUUCAUGAUCCCAACAAUUCAACGAUCAUCCCACCUGGAAACUAUAACUCGAAUCUUGAUUUCCAUGCCAGUGAUUAUGGUAUGAUCCCUUCGCCAAUGAGCUAUAUGACUGGCGAUUCGAUCGUCCAAUACGGCGUGAGUACUGCUUUCGACACAUCAUUGGGAGUUGGGUGUGAACUUGAGGAUUUCGCCAUGGAUUUCGAAGGAUUGGAGGCCUUCUUGAACGGUGAUGAACCUGAGAAGACUUGUGAUUACUCGGAGAUGAGCGACGGGAGUUUCGCUUCGCAACAAACGACAACCGAGGCAUGGAGCCCGAGCUCUAUGUCGAAGUCGGAAGUGUCAAAUUCUGCGGGCGUGUCUGUGGCAGGGUGCUUGCCCUGGACCUUGCCUGCCGAAGAAAUGGAGAUUGACAACUUGCUCGGCCUCCAUCACCUGCUCAAGGCCUAUGGCCAGGCUGGGGAUGAUGAGCAUAAGGAGCUCAUGGAGGUCAUCUCGAGGCGCAUCGCCGAGAAAUCGAGCCCUUUGGGUGAGGUGCUGGAGCGGCUCGCCUUCUAUCUGUGCCAAACUCCAGAGGACCCGAGCGGUUACUUGAGACGCGAGUCGUGCAAGAACUUAGAGGCAGCUUUCCUCGCAUUUUACCAGGCGUUUCCCUACGGGAGGUUCGCUCACUUCGUGGCAAACUCAGCCCUACUCGAGGCGAUGCCCGAUGAGGCAGAGACAAUCCAUGUCGUUGAUUUCGAUAUGGGAGAAGGUAUUCAAUGGCCACCGGUAAUCGAGGCCGUUGCGCGGAGGAACAAAACGUUGAAGCUCACAUCAUUGACUUGCGAAGAAGAGUGCGGUCAAGAUGCUCAAUUGAACUGGAAUUUCGACGAUACGAAGAGGCGACUUCACGAUCACGCUCGAUCAUUCGGCGUGAAAUUGGAGGUUGAUAGCAAGAACAUUGCAAAUCUAGUGAAUGAGCUGAGGAAGAGGAAUGAAGGAGACUCUAACAAAGAGUGGAUGGUCUUCAAUGGUAUGGUCGGAUUACCUCACAUGGGAAGGACUGCUGCAACUAGAAGAGUGAAUGAUUUCUUUAGAGUGGCCAAGGAACUUUUGGCCGAUCGUGCUGAUCGGUUAGGUCGUCCCGCAGGGAUUAUAACUUUCGGUGAUGGAAACGGAUUCGAGAAGCUUGAGAACUGCUCGACCUUUGGGGAUUUUUUAGACCAUUGCUUGAGGCAAUAUCAUUCAAUCUUAGAGUCAAUGCAGUCCGAUUUUCCUCCUCAGCUUUCGGAGUCACGAAUUGCCAUGGAGACUCUCUUCGUUGCGCCAUUCAUCUCGUCUCUUUCGUGGCUCCACAAAUGGGGCGAGACAAGAAACGGGAGAAACACGCCGGUCACGCAAGGCCUAGACCGGUUGCGAGUAGGCAGAGAGACUGUUGUGGAAGCCCAGGAAAUGCUGAAAGGGAAGACAUCUUAUGAGGUGAAGCUUGGAGAACAAGAGAAUGAGAUAGUCCUGGGAUGGAAAGGACAAGAAUUGGUCAGAUUUUCUGCCUGGGAAUAUAGACCCAAAAGAUGGCAGACAAAUUUUCUUUCUAAAACAUGUUCAUAG